ACAAUGUUUUGCUUGCUGAUUUCAUACUCGUCAAUUGGGAAUCGUCAAGGCCACUGUGUUUUGUGUAAGAAUGGGCAAUGUAGCAUGCUGGUGAACUGAACAAGUGCCCUAGAUUUCCAUUUUCUUAACCAUGAUAAGUGCAUUAAAACACAAUCAUUCUUUUAGCAGUUACUAGGUAUUUAAACCACAGUUAGUUUAUCAUUACAUUUUCUUUUACCUAGAAAAAAAAGAAAAUCAAGGGCUUUAUCUGACUUGAUAUUCAGGGUGGACUAGACAGACACAUUGAUCAAGUAGGUUUAGCUGUAAGUUUUGCAAAAAUAAUCACACUUCUGGAUCUGGAACAAUAAAACUGAAUUUAUAGUAAAUGGUAUUUUGUCUCCUGUGUGCACAAACAUAGCAUGUGGUACCAGUGAAUGAAGCUACUGGCAAAGUGAAUUGACAGGGGUGUGUUUUUGUUUCACUCUAGCUUUAAUUCUAAACCACUAGGCAGAACUAAAGUACACAGUGGUGGUGUAUUUAAAAACACAAUGAAAGCAAUCCACUCAACCCCAUAGGUGAUCCAUUGUGUCUGUACAAUGCUAAUAUACUUCCCCAAGUUUUUUCAGGGGUAGUUUUUGCUGGAAUAUCUAGCAAGCAAGACAAAAUAAUGAUCUAAAUCACAAACACAUCAAAUGAUUAGAUAUUAAACAGAUCUUAAUUUUAAGAAUUAGGAUAAGGUGGAUGAUAAUACACUUUUGCCCUACAGUAGUGGAACUGACCAUAGUAUGUUCCUGAUUCCAGCAUAGAUGGCAGUAAUUGUCUGCAGCAGGCAGAAAUCUAAAUUGUUACCUUGGUGAAGAAAGUGUAUUAUUUUUUUAGAGAGAACAAAGACCUAGAGCUGCACUACAGUAUCAAUACUUUUAAGCUUGACUGAUAGUACCGUACAAGCAGCAAAGAAGGUUAAAGCAAGCAUUUAAAUGAAGCAAUUCAGUUACAGAAGAUAUUGGGCCUUAUUCACAAAACAUAACUGUUUAAAACCUAUUUGUGUUAACUAAAUCAAGUUAUGUUUUCAAGAGGGAUCAAAGUUUGUUCUCUUUGUUCAAAACAUUAUUUACAUUUUUUUUAAAUCUGACAUCUUACUUCAAGCAGGUGCUUUCUAUUUCCAAACUGGUAACACCGGUAACCUCCGAAUCAAGAAAGCAGACAACACCCACUGAAGAAAUGCAUCCAGGGGGCUCCAGUGUUUAUGUCAGUAGAACAGAUAAACACCACAAGUCUUACAAUCAACUGGAGUACAACUAGCAGCUCUGUAACAGAAUGUGCUCUCUUUGUGUUUGCAAAGGGUGAACAACAAGGUGAAAUCCUUUUAUUACCCAGUGCUGGGUCCAUACCGAUGAGAAAUCUGACAGAAGACACUGUGUACAUGUUCAGCUGUACAUGCUUUGAUCAGGAUGUAAUCCUCAAGUCUGCAACUAUCAGCGUGGAUACAGGGUUACCACUGUCUGUAAGUUCUACAACUGCAACCUAUACUCAGAGCCUCAACACUGCAGGUGAUAGCCUUCCAGCAAGCAACAUAAGCUCGGAUGUGCUUACUGGAGCUGUGUUUGGCUGCCUUGGGGUUUUGGUCCUCAUCUUCUGCUAUAUAUUCUAUAACAAGUGGAGGAGGGAUGAAAGACUCAGGGCAUUUCUAAGGCUCCCUCGUAAUAAUGGAGUGGCUCCCUACAUGAUCUUUGGUAAUAAUGGCGCCAACCCAUCCUAAGCAGCAAGGAUGUCAUACACUUUUUGUGCAAUUUUCUAUUCGUAUAGGUGUUUUUGAACUGUUCUGAUUUUAUUAAAGUGUCCAUAACAA